UUUAAUUCCAAUAGAAAUGGAAAAUCUUGAUUAUAAGGAUGUACUGGAAUCAUCAUUACGAAAAUCAAUAAAAUCAACACUAUCACCAUCAUCAUCAUUAUCAUCUAAUAAUGAAUAUCAACAGUUGUUAACUACUAAUUAUACAACAACGAAAGAUGUUCUUAAUUCUAAUGUUCAUUUUCAUGCAACAAAUGAAAGAAAGAAACAGAAAUUAUCAGAUGAUAUUUUCAUGACAAAUGCUAUUUAUCCGGAUCAAAUGCUUCAUGAAACUCAAAGAAAUAUAACUAAAAUAGCAUCGAGUAAUCUUAUAAAUUUUAAAAUCAUACUUUUUUUGAAAUUAUUUUCCACUUUUUGUGCUUGA